AUGGGCGAUUUCCCAUUGAAUGAUCCCUCCAUCGCCAUUCACUACGAUGUCAUCCCAGUGAAGCCUGAAUGGGCAAAUGAGGAGAAAUUGCAAGAAUUUUUGUAUGAACGAUAUCGCCGAAAAGAUGAGCUCCUCAACGAAUUCUACAAAACGGGUCAAUUCCCGGGUGAAUCAAGAGGAACGGUGCAAGUGAAUGGAUGGUUGAUGUUGAGGGCACAGGUGUUUUGGAUGGGCUCGUACUACUUGCAUCACAUUUUGUGGAUUAAACCCUUGUGGACUUUCGUUGUCGCGUGUCUUUAUUCGAUGAUCUUC